GUCCCCACCAUCAUCUCCUGGUCCGAAAUUCCAAUCACCACUAAUACCCUGGUUCCAGUUGGACCUUGUGCCCCGAUGUUACCAACACUCUCUCUCCCUGCACGUGCCGUGCACCUCCAAGUCCCUCUUCCGAAAGUGUUUGGUACGCGCCUCCCGGAUUACCUCAACCAAGUACAAAACAACAGCAAUUUUCUUACCAAACCAAAGAAAGUUACCAAGUCAUGAUGCAAGAAUAAAAUAUGCCACUCUCUCUAUUCUCUAUUUCUUCUGCUUCUUUCCAUUGAACAUAAACUCUUCCUUCUCCAGCGAAAACACAACUUCUACUCACCCACCAAUGGAGAACCCAUCUCUCAUUCCAUCCCCAAACAGCCAUAGCUCCAACAGUUCAAGCAGCAGCAGCACCACCACCAGCAAUGGCCUCCACCAUCGCCUCCCCUCCCCGCGUACGCCGCAACCAUCCUCCACUCCCAUAACCAGAUCCGAAUCCAACAACCCGUAUCCCACCACCUUCGUCCAGGCCGACACCUCCUCCUUCAAACAAGUCGUUCAAAUGCUAACCGGGUCCACUGAGACGGCCCGCGUCGCCUCCCGACCUGACCCGGUCCGGAACCCGAUCCCCCCCAUCAAGACUGGGCCGAGAAAAGACAAAUCAGCUUCCAAGCUCUACGAACGCAGAAACAGUCUCAAGAACUUCAAGAUCAGCCCUUUGGGCCCUGGGCUGGUCAACUCUAGGCCGGGUUUCUUGUCCGGGUACUCCGGUUCCCCCCGACCUGGAACGCCGGAAAUUCUUUCCCCCAGUAUUCUUGAUUUCCCGUCGCUGGUGCUCAGCCCUGUUACUCCUCUAAUACCCGACCCAUUUAACCGAGCUAGCAAUUCUGAUAGUAACUUGCACACAACGGCGGAGGAACAGGCCAUUAAAGAAAAAGGAUUCUAUCUGCAUCCAUCGCCGGCAAAUACCCCGAGGGAUUCGGAGCCCCGACUUUUGCCCUUGUUCCCCGUUACCUCACCUAGAGCUCCGGGUUCAUCUAAUGGUGCUGAUUCUUGAGUGAGUUUUCUUUUUUCUUUUAAUUUUAUUUUAUUUUUAGUAGUUUUUCAUUUUAAAUUACGAUGUAUCAUUCCUAAAUGUAAAACCACAUAGAUAAGAUUCGAAGCGGAUGUUGCAUCAUACAUGUUUUUGUAAUUGGCAAUUUGGAAAAGAAGAUGAGUGAAAGAAACCAUCUUUGCUUCAAAUUCUUGGUUUCAUUUUCAUCUCUUUCUCUAUCUCUCGUCGUAUCGGUAAGAGAUUUUUCCUUAGAUAUAUGCUUUUACUGUUUAUCGGGUACUAGAUUUUUCUUUUUUUUUUUUGGGAAUUAAGCAAUGGUUUAUGUGCUUAAUUUUCUUACUCUUUUAGGCCAAGUUUGUGCAUAGAGUCAAGGAGUCAUUGGAAUGACAUUGUCGUUAAUAAUUGAAUCUUUUCCGGACAUAAGAAACAUGGGUGCAAAGAAGUGCACAUGAGCAGACGGUGGGGAAGAAAAGACAUUGUAAGUGGGGUUAGCAAAUGGGGUUUAGGUGUCAGUAGAAGAGUGAGAGAUGGGCCAAGGAAUCUUGACUCUUGAUGUGGAUACAUGGCCCAGCUCCACCUUCACUUUCUGCUUGUAUAAAAUCUUUCGGGCAUCCAUGUCUGUGGAUGUAUAUAUAUUCAAUGGAAUAGAAAAUGCAAUAGAGUUUAGAAUAGAAAAUUCAUUCCGGCUGGCCUAGGAGAAAAUUCUCGGUGAUAAAUGAUAACAUGUGCAUAGUUUUAUUAUUCACCAAAUGGUCCCUUCCACCCUACGUUGAUCUCAAAUAAACUUGAAGAUUUGCUUUAUCCUACUCCAACGGGAAAAAAGGUUCUUAGUGCCUAUACCUAGUAUUACCAAACAUGCCUCAGGGCUCAGCUUAUGUUAAUGCUCCAACUGCCAAGAUUCAAUCCUAUGUCCAUAUUUAAAGCUUCAAUCUUAUCAUUGCGCAGCUAUCAAAUAGCAAAAAGGUAAGAGAAACAAGAAAAGGAGUUCUUUUCUUGAUUAGGUGGAUACCAUUUUUAAUUUGCAUGUUGGUGUGUCUUUCAACUCGACUCGAACCUUGCGUAACACGAGGUAUUGUUUAAUUUAACUUUGUAUGAGCCUCGCAAUUUUAUCCUAAAAAGCGACACCUCGCAAAGGAGAGGAGGCUUUGUGGCGUAUAAGCCACUCAAGUGCUUCAUCUGCAAUCAAUGUAGAACGCUUGUCUACAUCCCAUAUUUUCUGAUAAGUACACGACUAUGAAACUGUAUAAUCUUGCUUCGUAGCUAGAUUCCUGCAUAGAUUCUUGUUUUAUUGCAAGAACCUUGUUAUUGUUUCUUGAAUUAUAACGACUUCUUCUUUUUUUUUUCAUAUAUCUGUGUUUGUGGGAUGCUUUAUUCCGUUGUCUAUUAAUAUCACGCAACGGCUACCUGCAUUUCGAUGUCAUUUAUGAUUGUAUUUGCAGUUUUGGAG